UAAUUCAGAGAAGAAGAAGAUGACAACGGAUGUCGAACUUUUUUAGCUUUCCCAUGGUGUUUACCACGCUCCAUGAGCAGCCCUCACAGGAAAGAACGUGACCCCCCGCCUCCGACUCUGGAUCUCGUUCUGUAUCCACUGUGAGGGGCUCCUGACAGCCGCCGUUGUAAAGAUUAAAAUGCCUAAGAAAAGCAACGCAAAGAAUGUAAAGAGACGGAACAGUGAUGAGGACCAUCUCCCUCCUAAACAGAGCAGGGUAAAGCACAGCAAUGUUCCAUCCCCUCUGUGUUUCCAUAGCCCGGUCAGCCUGUUCGAGAGCCUCAUCCACCCAAUGGGGACAGAACAGUUCUUCAGGGACUACUGGGAGAAGAAACCCCUCCAUCUGAAGAGGUCUGAUCCCAGCACAGCCUCCUACUACCAGUCUUUGUUCCAGCUGUCCGACCUGCUGAGCCUGUGUUCUCAAGGUCUGGAAUACUACAGGGAUAUCAAUGUUGUUCGCUGCAUCAACGGCAAGAAAAAAGUGCUGAACAAAGAGGGGCAAGUUAAGAAAAGUGUUCUCAGUAAGAACUUGGUUCAGAAUAAGGCCACCAUCCAGUUCCACCAGCCGCAGAGGUUCAAGGACGAAUUGUGGAGGAUCCAAGAGAAGCUGGAGUGUUUCUUUGGAGCCUUGGUGGGGUCUAACAUCUACAUCACACCUCAGGAGUCCCAGGGCCUUCCUGCUCACUAUGACGAUGUCGAGGUGUUUAUUCUGCAGCUGGAGGGACAGAAACAUUGGCUUCUCUACAGUCCUACUGUUCCUCUGGCAGCAGAGUACAGCGUGGAGUCAGAGGACAGGAUCGGCAGCCCAACCCAUGAUAUUACACUGAAGGCAGGAGAUCUUCUGUACUUCCCCAGAGGAACCAUCCAUCAGGCGAAAACUCCGCCAGAAGAAGACCACUCCACUCACUUGACUCUCAGCACCUACCAAAAAAU